AUGAAUUCACGUUCAUCUUUCAAAAAUCGUCAUCGUGUUGGAAAAAGUAUGAAAAAUAUGCUUACGGGUUAUUUCACUGACUAUGAAACACCAAAAGUAGUUGUAAUACAUAACGCAAAAUAUGCUGUAUUACUUCGUAUUAUACAAAUCAUUAUCCUUAUUUAUUCUACAAUAUAUUUACUUAUAUAUGAAAAAGGUUAUCAAAAACAAAGUACAACAAUCACGUCGUGCGUAACACUUAAAGUAAAAGGAAUCGGUUAUGCUCAUAUACCAGAAAAUAAAACAUUGAUUAUUGAUGGAGCAGAUUAUAUUAUUCCGCCAUCAGAAAAUAAUGCUAUAUCUAUAAUGACAAAUUUUGUUCAAACUUAUCAAACACGAUCUAAAUGUGCUGAAAAUAUCAAACUUGAAGAAGCAAUAUGUAAAAGUGAUAGGGACUGUUUCAAUAAACCAUUUGUACCAAACAUGAAUGGACGUUGGACAGGUCGAUGUUUGUUACCAUCAGAAACAAAUAUUGUCAAGGAACCAAAAAAAACUAUAAAAAGUCCAACAGGUUUAUGUGAAUAUGCAGGUUGGUGUCCAUCAGAAGAUGAUCUUUUAUCGACAAUGCCUGUUCAAGAAACUCUUAAUUUUACAAUAUUUAUUAAGAAUUUUAUUGAGUUUCCAAUAUUUGGCGUUAAACAUGGAAAUAUGGUUGAUAAUUUAAGAAAGCCAUGUACUUUUCAUCCAAAGGAUAAUAAAGAUUGUCCGAUAUUCACUAUUGAUUAUAUAAUGAAUGAAGCUGAAAAAAAUAUUAGUGAACGUAAUUUAAUGUUACUUCAUGGCGGUGUUAUUCGUAUUAAACUUGAUUGGAAUUGUAAUUUAGAUCGAAAUAUAAAAUUAUGUAAACCGAAAUAUUCAUUUGCUCGUCUUGACGUACCUUUUUAUGAAAACCCGUUUUCGCGUGGUUUUAAUUUUCGUUAUGCUUCUUAUUGGAAAUAUAACGAAGAACAUUUUCGUAUGUUAACAAAAGCUUAUGGUCUUCGUUUUAUAAUUUCCGUUAGUGGUAAAGCUGGAAAAUUUGAUUUUAUUCAGUUAACUUUAAAUACUGGUUCAUUAGUUGGACUAUUUGGUUUAGCAACAUUUGUUUGUGAUAUUAUUCUACUUCACUUAUCAAAAAAUGCACGUAAUUAUCGGGAUUUUGUAUUUGAAAUUGUUCGUCUACAAACACGUAAAGAUCGCACAAUAAACAUGUCAAAGAAAUAUGUUCCAAGAAAUGAUGAUGAAUAUUCAAAUUCCGAAUCAAAUUCAGACGUAGAAUUACCAUUUGAAACACCUAGAAAUAGUCCAUCAGCUCUAGGAAAAACAGCUAUCAUGGCUCCUGUUACUUUUGUUAAUCCGUAUCAAUUCAAGUAUUAA